AUGAUUGGGAGGAUUGGUGUUCAAUUGGGGGACAAUAAUAAGGAGAAUGGAGGGAUGGGUUGUGUUGAUGGUAUUGUGGAUAAUUUGGAGGUUUCAUCACCUUCUAUUGUGAAUUUGGAAGGUGAGCAGUUGAAGGACCACACUGAAAAUGAUGUGGAAAUGGUCUUUGAAUGUGGAGAAGUGUCUCCAAUUGUUAAUGAUUCUGGGAUUGCUCUGAGUAAAGAGAAGGAACAAAGACUGGAAAAGGUGGUGUCUAAAGAGAAGGUAAAUGAAGGGGAAAUUCCUAUUUGCAAUACCAGCAAGCAUUUUUGUCCAUCUGCUGAUUCUUCUUUUUGGGUGAAUAAUGCUUACAGUGCUCGUGAUAAAAGUACCUUUUCUUUAGAUGAUGAGAAUGGAUUGGUGAAAGAUAAAGAACCUCCUGAUAAGGGAUUAUGCUCUUAG